CGCCUGAGCUGUUGGGGCAUUGCAGCGAAGCUUUCUAGGCUUUAAUAGGAUAAAACAACUCUUAAAAAGCGACAAUGACACUGUUCCGCCGCUCAGGUAGGGAGCCGGAAGAGCCGUUUUACUCGCAAGAUCAAGCCGCGCCGGCCUCCAGAGUUUGUGAUAAUUGCAUUCGGAAGAAAGUCAAAUGUGAUCAAGGACGACCAACAUGCUCUCGCUGCUUGGAGCGUGAUCAUGCAUGCACUUACUCCUCGGCUCGGCGCAAACCUGGCCCACGGCGAGGGUCACGCCGAGGUACUUUUUCAAAGCAGAGCGGCGUACAACGAAGCUCUGGGCACUACAGUGACCCGCCAAGUCUGGACAACUUAGAGCACAUAGAGCUCUAUGAUACGUUACAUGGCCUCAUCCAAAAUGGUGGUCAAUUUGAAGAGCACCAACAAUCCAUUGAGAGACCAUCAGGACCAUCUAUCUCUUCCGAGGGAAGAAUAACUGCGGAAGAGGAAAAGUAUCUAUUGCAGGAAUUUUGGAUCACAAUUCAUCAUGCUAUUCCACUCUUUUCCAGCCCAAGUAGCUAUGCAGAUUCUACGCAGAGUCAUGACAUGGCACGAACAAUCUCAUUGCUAACAGCCAAACUGGUACAAUUCUCAUUUACUUCACUUGACGCAACAGAACUUGAAUCUCAGAUCGAGAGACUCCUUAGCUCAGGUGCUUUGCAAGAGGAAUUAUUAGGAAACUCACCAUCAUUGGACCAGUUGCGUAAAGCUUGUUUAUUGUCAUUUUACGAAUUUCAUCAGUUCCCCGGGCAACAGGCGUGGAUGAGAAUCGCAAAGCUAGUGCGAAUAGCGUAUUGGAUCGGCCUUGAUCGUUUCGAUACCAAGCAGAGGGUCUUUCCUGAUAGAGAGGGUAUGACCCAAGAGAAAAUUGACGAUUGGAGACUAUUAUGGUGGUGCAUAUACCGUCUUGACUCAUAUGCGAACCUGGCCUCCGGGACGCCAUAUAUGGUUGAGGAAGGAAUUAUUCGGACUUCGCUGCUCAAAACUGCGACAUCAAGAUUGCAACUGGCCCCUGAAUUCGCUACAUUGAAAGACCUGCUAUUCUUGCCGCCCUCUUUGAACCACCUGAAGAGCCUCUUGCCAGCUAUCGCUUCGGAUCUACCAGAGACAGUAGAUUUUAAUACUCACUUACUUACUGUUACAGCGAUGCGGCAGGUCGGGCGUGGUUUGAGGCAGUACCUCUUGAAUAAGUACGAAGGCUCCAAGGAUCGGCCAAAGGAACUGCAAGAUCAACUUUCACUGCUUAUACUUUCCCUCCCGCCCCAUUUUCUCAAUCCUAUGCGCAAUGCCUUGCAAAAUGAAAUGCCUAUGAUGCAUCAUGCUAGAUUGGUGGCAAUCCUUCACCUCCACAUGUCAAAAAUUUUAAUUGCUCUCCUGAGCUGCGGGCAAUGCGCUGCGGGCGAAGAGUGGCUGCUGGCCUGGCAACAAGUUUUAGAAACAGCCGAGAAUAUUGCGACAAUUUUGGCUCAAUGGAAUCCUACAUAUUCUCUAUGUGUAGACCCUGCAAUAUGUUUCAUAAUAUUUACUGCUCUUAUAUUUGUUCACGUUCAUACUAAGUCGGACAUGGUUUCAUCUUCCUAUCUGUCCAAUUAUGAGCAUCAUGAAUCCGUUCUACUCGUUCAGUUGGAGCAUUUUGCUAGACACUGGACAUUAUCAAGGCUUCUUAUCCUAUCUUUCAAGGGUGUUAAAGAAACAUUAAAAAGUCCAUUGUCAAGUCGGCAUAUCCAGUAUAUUAUCUCUAACUUUGAAGCACCACUACACCCCAGAUGGUUACGAUUUCUUUCAUCCAUCCAAACAAAUGUUGAAAACUGUGCCUAGUUGGUAAUAGCAGCUCCGACUCUGUUUCAGAAAAGGGUGUCCAGCGAUCUCAAUCGUGCCACUAAAAAUUGAAGCUUCUUGGGCUAUUGUGGC